AAGAAGAAGAAUAGAAAUAAAGUGGUUCUGAGUGAGAAGCGGCACCGUGGGCUGGUUCUCAGUGGGUUUUCUGGUCCAUCAUGAAUUUCGGAGAUGCCAGGCUGAAGCUGCGGGAGCUGCUGGGAUCAGUGGAUCCCUCUGAGCUCCCGAAGUUACUGGACUGGAUGAGAAACUCAGAUGAGCUGGAUGAGCUGCUGGUUGACAACAACAGAGUGAUCCUGCAGAGCAUCGCAGCAGACCUGAGAGCCAGGCUGCCUGUCGAUGCCAUGCUGCCCUCUGAGACUGCUGCUCAGCAGAAGAUGCAGAUGCGGGAAAGACCCACGGUCCACGUGGACGGCUUCCUGUACAGCGAGGAGCAGGUGGAUGCUCUGUGUGAGGAGGGGGCCAUGAGCAGGGAAUACUGUCUGAGCUGCGGGUCCCUGAGGACGGCACCCCUCGAUUUCAUCUCACACUCCUUCUCAGUAUCAGAACUCCAGUUCCUGUUCCAGAACGUCCUUCCGGACCUCAGUGGUCGGACGGUGGUGGAUGUUGGUUCCAGGCUGGGAGCAGUUCUUUAUGGGGGUUAUGUGUACAGCUCAGCCUCUCGGCUCAUCGGGCUGGAGCUCAGCGAGGACUUCGUCAGGCUGCAGAACGACAUAAUCCUCAAGUAUAGACUGGCUGACAGAGUCCAGGUUCUCCAUGCAAACGUCUGUGAUCAAGAGGUCCUGCUGCAGAGCGCUGAUGUUCUGGUUAUGAACAAUGUCUUUGAGUACUUCAUGGAGCCCAGCGAACAAAUCGGAGCCUGGAGGUUCAUCAUGCAGGCCUUCAGGAGGAAAGGAUCUCUGCUGGUUACCGUUCCCAGUUUGCAGGAAAGUCUGGAUGCUCUGCAGGCACCGCUGCAGCCAGGCUGGGUGGAGGAGCUUCCUGUUGACUACAGCGUCUACCUGGGCAGGGAUACAGACCCAGAAGAUCUCAGACAGAUUCACCUGUACAGGGUCAUCUGACUGCAGCAGAGCCAGCCGGAUAAUGCUGCCCUACUGAGUCAUGUGACCAUCGACCAACCCGCCUGAACACAGCCAUGUGACCACAGACUGAUUAGCCUGAGCGCAGCCAUGGAUCCACCUAAAAUAGACCAGAUGGCUACAGACGGAUCAUUCAUCUCUGAACUAUGUGGUUACAGGUCUGACCGGAAGAGGUGGAGAAUCACUCUGGUCUGCUUCUGGGUUUGGACGUAAUGUU